AUGCCCGACCUCUUCGCCUUGCCCGUCUUCUUCAUCACCUUCCGCGAGGCCCUCGAGACCGCCAUCAUUGUCUCCGUCCUUCUCGCCUUCCUCAAGCAGACGCUCGCCGACCGCCCUGCCUCGGACGACGAUGACUCGGGCGCCCAGCAGCAGCAGCGCCGGCACCUCUACCGCAAGAUGGUGCGGCAGGUCUGGCUCGGCACCGCCUCGGGCCUGCUGGUCUGCGUCGUUCUCGGCGGCCUCCUCAUCACCGUCUUCCACGAGGUCGAGCUGCCGGACGGCGCCGAGGACGUCUGGGAGGGCGUCUUCAGCCUCAUCGCCAGCGUCAUCAUCACCCUCGUCGGCGCCGUGCUCCUGCGCGUGAGCAAGCUGCAGGACAAGUGGACCGCCAAGCUCGCCGCCGUCAUGAGCGCCAAGGACCGCCCUGCCGUAGCCCGGGGGACGGGCGGCGCGUGGGCGCAGAUGCGCAGCCGGAUGGCCUACGCGAGCGAGAAGUACGCCCUGUUCGUCCUGCCCUUCGUCACGGUCCUGCGCGAGGGGUUCGAGGGCGUGGUAUUCAUCGCGGGUGUGGGCAUGGCCUUCCCGCCUAGCUCGAUACCGCUGGCGGCUCUGGCGGGGCUGGUCGCCGGGUCGGCUCUUGGGUUCUUGAUCUACGAGUACGGGCUUUCUUCCGAUUUCCUUUGCCAGACGAGCGGGAGCUCCAACUUCGCGCCCAUCCAGUACUUCCUCGUCUUCUCGACCUGCUUCCUCUACCUCGUCGCCGCCGGCCUCUUUUCCAAGGGUGUGUGGCACCUCGAGGCCAGCCAGUGGAAUAUGAUCGUCGGCGGCGACGCUGCAGAACUCGGCUCCGGACCGGGCUCGUACGACAUCGACCGCAGCGUCUGGCACGUUAACUGCUGUAAUCCAGACAUCAACGGCGGCGGCGCCUGGGGUGUCUUCAACGCCCUCUUGGGCUGGCAGAACUCGGCCACCAUCGGCUCCGUCGUGUCCUACAACCUCUACUGGGUCGUCGUCGCGGCCGGUUUCCUAUGCAUGAUCUACAACGAGCGCACGGGUCAGUGGCCCACGGCGGCGGUGCUCGGAGGUGGCAAGAACAACAAGACCCUAGGGGUGAAGGACUCGAUUGCCGCCAGCGGUGACGACGCGUAUGCCGAUCGGGUGCGCGAGCCGCUGCUGGCGGGUGGCCGGGAUGACUGA